AUGGAUCAAUGUCGCCGACACAGGACUCCAGGCGAGCAACUCUAUGACUAUCAUACGGCUUUGCAAAAUCUCGCUUUUGAUGCAUCUCCUACUGCGUUAUUCGUUGAUUUCCAGAAGUCUGUAACGACAUCGUCAAAUUUGGUUACUCGUCGAAAGGUCACCCAAGCCUUUUCUGGCAGUCGUAGAAAUCAUGCCACUUUGGCAUCGCUGAACAGAGGCCACCACCGUCGCGACCUGAUCAGACUCAAUGCGGGAUCGAAGAAAAAGCUCUCACCACUUGGUGCAAAGCGUCGCAAGGAACCAUGGCCACUUACCAAAUCGGAGAGGCAGGACGCACUGGCAAGAGACAGGAACAGAGCAGCAUUGAGAAGCGAACGGGCUGAAGAGGAGGAGCAAGACGAAGACGAAGACGACUCCAUUCGUCCUUCGGAGACCAAGGAAUUGGUAUUGUCUGAGCAGGGAACUGGCUCACGAAGCAAAGAGCUAUUGAACAAACAGGAAAAGGAAGAUCGAAAACUAGCCAGAAGGGCUUCAAAGGAGGUGGAACAAUUCUACCAGGAUCCAUUAAAGCUCGCUGACGGCGUCUUGAAAAGACUGAAAAUACCGGAUAUUGAGGGUGCCUUGCGCCUUGUCCGAGCAAGUGAAACCUUCGAGAUCAAGAAUAUCGUCAGUUGGAACCAUUGCAUAGAUUGGUACAUGGGCCAAGGUGAAGUCAAGCAAGCUCUAAAAAUUUACAACGAGUUGAAAAAGAGAGGCCACAUGCCGGAUGCGUACACAUAUACUAUCAUGCUAAGGGGUUUCAGUCAGCAUGUUCGUUAUCCAAAUGCUGUAAAGGAAGCUCUAAAGGUCUACAAUUCCAUCUUCGCACCCAACAGUACUGUUCUAGCAAGUACGAUACACACGAACGCUAUCAUAAACGUUUGUGCAAGGGGUGGAGAUCUGGAUAGUCUCUGGGCAGUUGUUGCUCGGUUACCUGAAACUGGAGCUGGUAGCCCUGAUCGAUUGACGUAUACAUUGAUCCUAAAUGCUAUCAGAGAAUACACUAUACGUGAAGUUGCAAGAAGUGCAGAUAGGGUCAGGACUAAAGGAGACGAUGUGUCUCUUGCAGCCGAGAGGAAGCUGCUGUUUGAGCGCGCUGUGGCCGACGGCCGAAAGGUAUGGGAAGAUGUCUCUGUGAGGUGGAGGAGAGCAAAUCUAGUCAUUGACGAAAAACUUGUGUCCGCGAUGGGGCGUCUGUUACUCGGUUGUGGUGUAGGCAAGGACAUGGAGCAGGUCUUCGAUCUUGUCGAAUCUACCAUGAACAUAUGGAUCCCGGAAAGGAAGAAAAGGAAAAAUCAGACAUCUUCAAUGGAUGCAUCCUCGAUCGAACCUGACUCUGCAUCUGAAGCCACGAUGUCUGCAGGGUUGACAAAGUCGACGGAACCAUUCACGAACUCGUCAACACUGCCUCUCGACGACACAAACGUCUACGCUGUUCCUGGAAGAUUGACACUUGCUUUACUGAUGGAGGCGUGUUCCCUUCACAAACCUCUGAAUCACCUGGCACCGUCUUAUUGGCACCUACUGACCAAUCCAGAUAAGAAGUACAGAAUCAAACCAGACGCUGCAAAUAUCACUGCCUACCUCAGAAACCUUCGUGUGAACCGAGCUAGUGCCGAGGCGUUCAAAGUACUGUCUCAGAAUUGGCCCGAUGAUGUUGCGAAGCUUCUUUACCAACGAGGACCAUUCAUUAUUGCUCUCUCGACAUGUGCACGAGACAAGAACAAUCCAAAUGUGUUCAAGACUGCUCAGAAAUUGCUGAAGUUAAUGCAGGACAAGUUGGAGCAGAACGAGGUUGGAAUGUACAAGGAGAAAGACGCCCUCAACGAUAUGACUGGCGAGGAGCGACACGAAUAUAUACUAGAGCAGAAACAGGCUAUGAAGAAGAUGACCGACGAAGAGCGUGCCGAGUUCGAGCGAUCAAAGGAUGGUGUGCAGUCACUUCCUGUUGCUCCAAAGGCUCUACAGUAUUUUGUUCAGCUUGCAAUGGACACCACUGUUGGUUGGUCCGAAGGUGUUAGAGGUAAAGAUGAUGGCACACAAUUUGAAAGAGAUCCCACCAAGAACCACACCAUGGUCGCACUCAAAACAGUGGGACCAUUGAACUAUCCAUUAAAAUAUUUGGUGAGGUUGAAGGUCGAGGAGACUGAGUCCAACCAAGUGCAGCGAAAGUCCAGAAUUCCAAGAUCGUCUGCUGCAGCUAAGACGCAGGUUGCUGAGGAUCUUCCUGAAAUGAUAGGACUCAUGCGUAUCAUGAUAUCUGCCUAUGACAAAAUCGUCGAGGUUGCUGAAAGGUUCAAGAGCAUUCCCGGGAAAGCACCGCUAGACGAGCAACUGGUUGCUCACUACAAAUCAUGGGCGCGGACAUACACUAUUUAUAUGGCAAGAAUUAAUAAGAAACUUGGAAUUAACAAUAGGAGGCCUCAACUCAAUGAAGUGGAUGAUCUACCUGAAAAGGGAGAGGCUGAGAAGGACGAAGAUAUGGUUUCACCUGAAAUCGAACGUCGAAUUAGGAUGGUUCUAGGUGAGGUCGACGAGCAAAUCAUGGAUGAUCGGGCGCAAAAGAAAGGUUUCAAGAAUAAUUUCUUUCCUGGUGACCGGAGAUCACGAGAACCAGCACUCAAGAUUCAUUCUAGGAUACAGAAAGCGGAACGUGACACUUUACUUAACCGAAAAAUGGAACAACAUUUUCCAAAGAACGACUACGGCGUGCUCAACGAAGACCUUGAGGUUGAGAUGGGAGAGAAUGCUAGAAGAGCCAUCGAGAUGCAAGAUCGUCGCAGGAAUCCCUCCACGUUUGAUGUCCUUGGCAAUCGAGCGGAUACACCAGAAGCUCUUGCCUCCAUGAGCGCUAAGCAGCGUUAUAGGCGCCGGGAGGAGCUGAAGCAAGUUGAUCAAGUCAAUACCAAACGUAGAAAGCAGCCAAUGAUCGGCGAUGAGCUUGGUCUCGACGAUGAGAACCAGGAUGAGUCUCGACAGUCGUGGUCUCGGACCUCAACGACGAAAGGAGACACUCGACGCGCGCAAGAAGAUGUACCAUUCACAAGUUCUACUAACGAGACGGACAGUGCGAUGCAACCAGCGAAAGGCAGCAUUCUUAACAGGGGUGAUAUUAAGGGUGCCUGGCAGAGGUCGACGACCAGGCCCGGACGAAAGUUCGGGAAUGUUGGUAUUGCCAACAACAAUGUACAAAAGAAAUCUCCCUUCAAGCACAAUACCAUGUACAAUUAG